AAGACGAGCCCGAACCUGAGCCCUCGCUCGUGCCAACGAUGUUGACAAUGGUGGCAAGGGAGGUAGCACCAGCGCGUCAUUGUCCAUGGGAGGCAGAGGUUGAGCCUCGCUCGGAGUUUGGAAACCUUGACCACAGCGACGACUGUCUUCCCAAGGAGAAAAAAAGGAUCGAGUCCGAUCGAUUUUCCUGUUCGGCUCAGCCUACGACGCCUACGCCCUCGCCCGUGUACACCUGUGCAUUAUUGCCACCGUCAUCGUCCCAAGAACUAUCCCGCGCCCUUGCCCAUGCCCAGAGUCUAAACACCACAGCCUCCUUCGGACCUUCCAAAACCGUCAGCGUGUCUCUGUCCAGGAACAGGAACAGGAACAGGAACAACCUGCGGCGCGGAUCGAUUGCAAGGUUGGCACCGGAAGAGAACAGCACGUUGAGCUCCACAGACGCAACAGAAGCAUUAAUGGGAUCGUCGACAUCCUGGGCAUCGGCUACGGCCAGCUGGCGGUCCAUAUCCACGACUUUGACAGCGCUGCUCCUGAGGUUUACUCCAAUGCAACAUUCUUCAGGGGGAUUCUCUCAUUGGGUCGUGUAGGAUGCUCCCCCUUCUUCAACUGCAAUAAUAAAAUAAUAACUUGCAAUUGUUCAAAAAG